AGUGGGUGAGGGAAGAAAAUAAUAACAACAAUAGUAAGAGAAGUUUUUUGCAAGCAAAGAGCAGGAGGUGUAAUCUAAUGGGCAACAAAACUGCUUCUGCAUAAGAUUAAGAGGAAUGAUGAGCAAGGCGAAGCGACCACCGCCCGACCCCGUAGCAGUGCUGAGGGGCCACCGUGCCUCCGUGACGGAUGCUUCUUUCCAUCCAUCCAAACCUAUUCUAUUCUCCGGCUCUUCUGAUGGUGAGUUGCGGAUUUGGGAUGUAAUUCAGCAUAGAACGGUCUCGUCUGCUUGGGUGCAUAGUGCUGCCCAUGGAAUUAUAGCUGUUGCCACCAGUCCUCUCAUUGGAACCAACAAACUGAUCAGCCAGGGGAAGGAUGGAACUGUCAAGUAUUGGGACAUAGAGGAGGGUGAUCUCUCCAGGAGCCUACCCUUACUUACAAUCAAGACAAAUGCAUAUCACUUUUGCAAGCUUUCAUUAGUAAAGGAGCCUGUUACUAAUUUGGAGCCAACUUAUCGUGAGGCAGAAACUCUCGAUGAUGCUGGAGGAAGGGCUGCAGGAACCCCAGAGGAGUUCUCUAAGCCCUAUGAAGGAGAAACACAUCUUGGAGGAUCUAGCUAUGUGGCUGUGGUGGGAGAGGAAUCUUCUGUGGUUGAGAUUUGGGAUUUGAAAACUGGUGAAAGGGUUGUGCAACUACCUCAAAAUAGCUUUGCUGACAAUCCAAGUUUUUCUAGCAAGGAGAGAGGGAUGUGCAUGGCAGUUCAAGCAUUUUUACCAUCUGGAUCUGAGGGCUUCCUGAAUAUCUUGGCAGGUUAUGAGGAUGGCUCGAUGCUUUGGUGGGACAUACGUAACCCAGGGUUACCUAUAACUUCUAUGAAGUUCCAUUCAGAACCAGUUCUUAGUUUGUGCAUUGAUGGGUCAUGCAAUGGAGGUAUAUCAGGGGCUGCUGAUAACAAAAUUGUGAUUUAUAAUUUGGAUCACCCUGUGGGUUCUUGUGUAGUCAAGAAUGAGAUUGUUUUGGAACGUCCUGGGAUAUCGGGAACAUCAGUUCGACCAGAUUGUAAAAUUGCUGCAACUGCUGGUUGGGAUCAUAGAGUUAGGAUUUACAAUUAUCGAAAAGGAAGUCCCUUAGCAAUAUUGAAAUAUCACCAUGCUACGUGUAACUCUGUCUCGUAUUCAACCGAUUGCAAGUUAAUGGCCUCCACAUCAGAAGAUGCAACAAUUGCACUAUGGGAACUCUACCCACCAUAGAGGAGCAAUCUCCCAGUGUAGAUGGACACCAAAUUUUUAAUAAGCCGAUGGCCUUUUUGUCCGUAUAUGUUCCUAUGGGACCCCUUCUCCACUCAGCCGCAGGGAGCAUGUUGGGUUGGGUGAAACGAAGAGUCAUUUAAUUCACGUGUCUGUCAGUUAUCAUCCCUCAUUCAAAUGCCUUUUUGGGAAACCAAACUCAUAUGCCCCUGCCACUUGUGGGGUUUAUUUUGAAUGAAAUCUGACUGUACCAGUUUCCUGUUUUUUUUUUUUUUUUUUUUUUUUUUCUUAAACUUCUAAUUUGAUCCGUUAAUUAUUGUAUAAACUUUAAGUUGGUUUCUAAAUUAAAAAAAUCUUUGAUGUAGUCUUUAAAAUUUUUGAAGUAACUCUAAGUUAGUCUUGUUGUUAAAAAAAAAAAAAAUUGAUGUGUUCGUUAUUUAAUGAUAAAAAGUUGUUACUUAAUGGUCACAUAUUACAUUAAUAUUGAGAUAUGUCAGUUAUUUUUUAAUGUAAGAUUGAUUUGAAGUUACAUUUAAAAAAUUUAAAAAUUAAAUCAAGAAUUUUUUUUAGUUCAAGCAUCAAUUUAGGGAUAGGGAUUGGUGUAAUAGUUGAGGGAUUAAAUUAGAGGGUUUUUUUUUUUUUUUUUUAAAGAAGGGUUCAGCAUUCGACUGUGACUGAACUUGUUCAAUCUUUCCAUUUAUGUGUCAGAUGAACCUAUUCAAAACUCAGAUGGGAGAUAUGAUGUCCGGAGCUUACUGGAAUCUGUUUCAAUUAAUUUGUGAAGUGAAGUUGAUGUUGUAGGUGAAAUGAAGCACCCUUGGGAUUGGAUUUGGAGAGGGGUAGGUGGUGGUGUUUGCUGAUU